UUAAAUAAAUCCAUGUUUUAAAAUGGCGGUACCUCUACUAGUCGCAGAAUUUAACAACAGCUAAUGUGCGUUUUUAACCUGUGUAAUUAGUUUAUAUAUUUAGAAACUAACAUAUACGCUAGUAGGUUGUGAAUAUCACAAGUUUGUAGUGUAUAAGUAUAUUAAAAAUAUAAGUGUUCAGAUGAAUGUUGGUCAAGUGUAGUGAAAUCCUGUGAAAUAUUGUGAUUGUAUUGUUAGAUUUGUCAUGUUACUAACGUUAUCUGAAAACUUGAAAUGUCUGUGCAUUACAAGUUUAAAAGUGCGUUGGAUUAUGACACGGUUACAUUCGAUGGGCUACAUAUAUCAGUAGGCGAUCUGAAAGCCGCCAUAUCGCAACAGAAAAGAAUUGGAAAGACGUCAGAUUUUGAUCUUCAAAUUACUAAUGCCCAAACAAAAGAAGUCUAUGUGGAUGACAAUACUCUAAUACCAAAGAAUACGUCCCUACUUGUUGCUAGAGUUCCACUAUCUCAGCAGCCUAAAAAACAGUGGGAAGGGACCAACAGCAACCAAGCUUCACUACAUAAAGAUGUCGCUCCUAACAAAGGAUUGGCUGAUCUGUCUCGCAUGGAAGGUAGCGAACAGGAUAAAAUUAAUGCUAUGAUAUCACAGUCCACUUUUGACUACGAUCCUAGCAAUUAUCAGAAAAUUAGAGGACAGAAUCAAAGAGGUCUUGUGCCAACUAAUUAUAUCUGUUACAAGUGUCAAAAACGUGGACACUGGAUUAAAGAUUGCCCUGCUGCAAACUCAGGAGAUCCAAUAGAGAUAAGGAGAAGUACUGGUAUCCCCCGUAGUUUCAUGGUACCCGUUGAGGGUCCAAAAGCUCCAGGCGCAAUGAUGACUCCUAGUGGAACCUUUGCUGUGCCAGCGGUUGAUCAUGAAGCCUAUUUGGCUUCAGAAAACGCUGGUGGUGCAGAUACACCGACGAAUGCGCCUGCAGCGCCUGAUAUGAACAUACCUGACGAACUAAUAUGCAGCUUAUGUCGGGAUUUACUCACGGACGCAGUGAUGAUACCCUGUUGUGGGAACUCGUUUUGUGAUGAAUGUAUACGAGGCGCGCUUUUGGAAUCAGAAGAUCAUGAAUGCCCUGAUUGUCGUGAAAAAGAAAUUGCACCGACUACGUUAAUACCUAAUAGGUUUUUAAGGAACUCGGUGUCUUCGUUCCGUAAUCAGACGGGUUACAGCCGGCGCAUGCCACACAGGCCCGCGGCGGCGCCCGUACAGCAACAGCACGCUCCCAUAGAGCCCCCUCCAGUGCCACAAGUUCAACCGCCGCCGAAUGGUACCGCUCAGCCUGGCUCCAGUGGUGAAGGGCGUGUCGAGGCGAGCGCAGCGAGCGUGCCGAUCGCCUCGAGUGGACCGAGCAGGCCGAGCGGUCCGAGUGUGCCCAGCAGGCCAAGCGGUCCGAGUGGGCCGACUAGGCCGAGCGGUCCGAGUGGGCCGAAUAGGCCUAGCGGCCCGAGUGGGCCGAGCCGGCCGAGCGGUCCUAGUGGGCUGAGCAAGCCGGGCCCGCCGAGCGUGGCGAGCGCGGCGGCGGGCGACGAGUCUGAUGGCUCCGCCGACGACAACAUCACGCUGACGUUGCCGGCGGCGCACCGCGCGCCCGCUCCCGCUCCCGCGCCCGCCGACCGCCACCGACACCCGCGCUACGUUCAACCGCCCCCAGGUAUGAAGCCUCCUGCAUUAGAAACUCCUCCGAAUAUGCUGAUUAAUAUGCCCAGAAUUGAUGAGCAGAGAGCAAGUACACCUACAAUUGAUGAGAGAAGAGAUACUUUGCCUAAUCAGGUGGUGUUUAAUCGUGGAGCUCCGCCACCGUUUAUCCCGGGCGCCCUGCCACCGCCGCGGCGUUACAAUUCGCCGUUUCGUAGAACAAUGGGUUCAAAUGGUCCCCGACCGUAUAACGAUCGUUACCCUCCAGAACCUUAUCAACCACCACCACCUGGCAUUAAAGACUCGCCGACUAACGGGCACGGAGAGGAUCCUCUGGAAGCCUUUAACCGAAUGAUUCGCGAGAAAGAGAUGCGAGCGAAGCGGCGCGAGGAGGAGCGGCGGCGCGCCGUGUCGGGGUCGCGCAGCUCGCGCUCCCGCACGCCGCGCUCGCCGCGCUCGCCCCGCUCGCCGCGCUCCCCGCGCUCGCCGCGCUCGCAGCGCUCGGCGCGCUCCCCGCGCUCGCCCCGCUCUCCGCGCGCGCCGCGCUCGCCUCGCCUCCGAUACUCUAGAUCACGGUCUAUCUCACGCGGUCGGUUGCGAAGGUCACCAUGGUCGCCUCGACGACGACGUACUCGUGAAAGGACACUAUCACUCACAAGGUCUCCGUCCCCGCGGCGGCGGCACCGCUCCCCGCUGCGCUACCGCUCCCCGCUGCGCUCGCCGCUCCGCUCGCCGCUGGUGCGGUCCCCGCUGCGCACUCCGCUCCGCUCGCCGCUGCGCUCGCCGCCGCGCUCGCCGCUGCGCUCUCCGCCCCGGUCGCCGCUCCGCUCACCGUUACGAGUCCCGAUGCGAUCGCCGCCGCCGCAGAGGAAUAUGUCUCCGCAUCGAUAUGCUGGUGUUUACGAUGAACUGUUGUCCCCGCCCCGACGUAUUGUUGAGCCGCCCUACGGAGCCAGAUACGGGCCUAGGAGCGGCGCUCCGCCACCAGGAUACCCACCAAUGGGUGUCAAACAAAUGCCUCCAAUGGGUAACCUCCCAGUUCAAUCUGACCAACCUUUGCCAGGUUAUCGAGGGCGAUAUGACGGUCCACCCUUUGAAGAAAUACCACCCGGUGUUGAACCGCCUGUGCCCGGCUUCGAACCGUCGCCUUUUGAAAAGCCUCAAUUUGGCCCGCCCGGUUCGAUAGAUCGCGACCGAUUGCCUCCUCCUAAUUACAGAGAUCCUUACAGGCCGCCAUCGUAUACCCAUAAUGAUGGUCCUGGUGGUUAUAGAGAUAACAUGACAAUACCACCUCCCGUACCGAACGAAAUACCUGUACACGUAGGUGAUCAGCCGCCACGUUACAGAGAUAAUUAUAGGCCUGGCCAUUAUCGUGAUCAAGGCCCGAUGCCGUUUAGAGACGGGCAGCAAUAUCGGGAACCAGGACCUCAAGGUCCGUAUCGUGAUCCUAACUUUAGAGGUGGGCCACCGCCAUUCCGUGAUAACUCUUACAGGAAUGUACCUUAUAGGGAAGGUGGUUUUCGGGACAAUAUGCCACACAAUAGUUUCCGUGAACCAGGCGUGCCAUUUAGGCCACCUAGUGCCGAUCCUCGUGAGGUUAUACCGCCAAACUAUCAUGAUUCUAAUUAUCGGGAUAAUUAUAGAGAAGAAAGUGGCUCUCGAGAUCACAAUCGACCAGGAUUUAGGUCAAAUGUUCGCAACAGAGGCGGACUGCGGCGAACUAAUGUCGAACAUGACAGGCAUAGAGAUAGAGAGGGUCGCGAUAGAGAAAGAUUCAAUGAAAAUCGUGAACCAACUGACAAAACAGAAAGACCGCGUGAUUCAGAACGAAGGACUGGUUAUGAAAAAGUUCGAGACGCUCGUGAAGGACGUGAAGAUCGAACAAAAGAAUAUGAAAGAAACCGGGAUUAUGAUAAAGAAAGGGAUCAUGAUAGAACAACUCCUGAUAAAAAAGCCCGAGCUUCGCCUAAACGUAGUAGAGACACUCGGGAGAAAAAACGUAGUGAGUCUCGAGGGCGUUCUCGUGAUAGAGAGAGUAGGAGAGAAAAGAAAGAAGAAAGGACUCGUGAGAAAUCAUCAGCUGAUAGAAGUAGAGAACACAAAGACAAAGAAAAGAAAAUCAAAGAACGCAAGAAGAAGAAACGUGAAAAGGAAAAAGAUACGGACAAAAAGAAAAAGCGUGACAAAAAGGAUAAAAAAGACAAGGAUCACGUUAAAAAAGAGGAAGGUGAUUCUGAAAAACUUGACGUUAAGGGUGACGAAAAGGAAAGUAGUGAAGUUAAUAUUGAAAAACAACAAGACGUAAUAAAAACAGAAAAUGUUGAAACUGAAAUUUCAACUAUUAAAAAAGAAGACUCGCCUCCUACAGCCGAGUCAACUGAAAAGCCAGCGGUUGAUCUAUACGGUGAUGAAGCAUCAGAAGCGGUCGAUAAGGAAAUUAUUGAAAAUUAUGUCAAAACGGAAGAUAAAGGCGACACACGGUCUACAGAGAUCAAAAAUGAAGAUGAUAUGAAUAUAUCCAAGGAAGAACCAUUCGACGGAAUUGAACUACAGGCUACCGCAGAAGAGUUGGAUUUGAAAGCCGACCUGGAAGCGAGCAACCCAACAAGUAAAGAAAUGCUGGCAAGUUUGCCUGAAUUGUCGAAGUGGGAAGUAGAUGAAGAGAAUGCAGAAAAAUCUAAAGAACCAGGUGAGAUUACUUCACCUGAGGAAGAAGAAGAUGGGAGCAAAGUAACUUCUGAUGUCAUAAAACGUGCCGAAAAUGCUAUUUUCGCUAAAGCGAUUAAUACCUUAAGGCCCAUAGAAAUUAAAAAGAUAAGCAGUGAUCGAAUUAAACUUUAUGGUGAUGAAGUACCGAAAACAGCUAUGAGCAACAUGCAGAUAACGGUUCCAGUUGCAGAUUCUGAACCCAGGUCAAUUGAAAUAAAUGAAAGAAAAAAGAGGUACUCUAAAACACCUCCUCCGCGGCUAUCAGUUAAAGAUCGCCUCGGCGGAAAGGUAGAAGACGUGAGAAGGGGAAGAGAAACACGAGUUGUACAGAGUACUGUAGAACGUGUCAAGUCCAGGUCAAAAACUCCAAAACGCGAACAAACCUACAGACGCGUAACCGUGGAAAGAGAUCGAGGUCGUAAACAACAAGAUAGAGUGGAAUCAGCAAAAAGCGAUAGACGAUUGAUGUCUGAAGCAGUAAAGACUAAUGAAAAACAUCGAGCUCGAAGCCCUCAUGAAAAGAAGUUUAUUGAUAAAACUGGGAAAGAAGAUAAGAAAUUAAACUACGAAAAUACCCAGCGUGAUAGAGGCCUGGAAAAAAAUGCCCACGUAGAACCAAAAAACGUACAUGUAGACCGAGAGAGAAAGAAAUCAACUUUGGAUGAAGCUCAUUUUGAACCAGACUACGAUGAAAAUGUAGAAUCGGAUCACGAGAAUAAAGAAGAGAUUGUUAAGAAACGCGAACGUUCAUUAUCGCCUUCAGGGUAUAUUGAGACAAAAAAAGCUAAACUCGACCAUGAAACCAUUAAAUUGGAUCUAACUAAUGUCAAAAAGAAACCAGAUUCUGAAAGUGAAUCAACUAGUGAUUCGGAAUAUUCAUCGUCUUCGACGUCUUCUGAUGCUCGCAAGCGUAAGAAGAAAAAGAAACGCAAUAAGAAAAAGAAGAAGCGAGCGGCUAGUGAGAGUGAGUCGGAGUCUGAAUCCAGCUCUGAUGAUCACAAGAAGAAGAAGAAGAAACGGAAACAUAAGAAGAAAUCUAGUAAGAAGAAAAAGAAAUCUAAACAUAAGUAAGCCUGCAUUGCCCCUAUGCUUUGUUUCCAACUGUAAUUUCAGUUUAUUUGUUAAUUCAUUACUUACGUAGGUUAGGUAAUAUGUAAAAUAAUAUCUGGUACUUUUUUUAGUUUGAAUGCAUAUGAUUUUAAGCUCACAUGAGUACGGUGAAUUUAGUCAGCUAAUUUUAACAAACAUGUGUUAAAACUUCAAAAGCUAUAUACAAUAAAUAAUUGGAUAAAUGA